UAGUAUUGAAUAUUACUGCUCCGAUUCGUUGGGGAAAUUUGAUGCCGGACUCAAUGAAGUCAUCUGGUUUACAUUAGUUCAUCCGAAUGAUCUAGCAUACAGGCAUGUUCUCUACACAAAAAACGUUGUAUAUGUUAAGCGUUCAGCAUUGAAGGGCAAAGGGAGAAUAUGGCUUGAAAUCGUAUAAAUCAUCUGAUCAUGUGUGGUUUGAUUUUAAGUUCCGUUAGAUGUAUAGGAAAAGCCUUUGCUGGGAUAUCUCACGUUUACAGAAGCUUGAGGAAAUGUACCCAUUUUGUUUCUACUCAAUGCAGUUGCCAACUUUGGGUUCGAGUCCCUGGCCCUUUGGCCUCGUUUUUUUGUUUGGGUUCUUUGAUCCUACCCAGAUUUCUAACUAAAGUGGGACAGACAGUACUUAAUCCUGCUUUCAAAGUGCUGAGUGCCGUCUAUAAGCCAUCUACUUGGCGUAUUUGCGUAAGUACAGCAAUUUCUGAGGUGUGUCCUUUAUGUCUGUCAGCGAUGUGUGAAGUCUGCGAUCAUAUUGAUUAGUGUUUUAAGGUAUAGUCUGGCCCAUCUUCGCGCAUCCAAUAUCCUUAUUGUGUCUAUCCAAUAUAUCAAUAGUAGAACGUCUAACCAUCUCAAGAUUUUUAAUUAUUAGAGGUGGAACCGAUAAAUUUGCGAUAAAACUACUUGAUGUGGAUGGUUUUAGAGUGAUAUUCCGAAUUGAUUCGUGUGUGAUGUAGUUAUUGUGGCGUAUUAUAAGAACCUAACUAAUCUGGUACUAUCAUAUUUAUUUGAACCAACAUGAGCGCAAAGGGUUACCAAAGUGUGUACGUGAGCGGGAGUACUGCUUGGGUGCCCGGUACGAAGCAGAUCGUUCUCUUAAAAGUCAACCGGAGAGACUUAAUCCUUAACAGUAAAGCAACGUUAAAAAGUGCGGUCCCACGGUAGUCGGUGAUCAAGAAUGGACUCAUUUGACAUUUGUGCCCUCAGGAUCCUAAACCCUUGCUCACCAUUCGUUUGGAGUCAGGGUUUUUUGACUCUGUGACACUAUCAAAUUACUAAUCACCUAGACUGAUGGAUCUGAUCAAGGCAUGGCUAGGCAUUUAAAUGUAAUCACCUGUAAUGCACAUACUUUAGUUGCGGUUGGAUUGAAAUUAAUGUGACAAAUAUAUUUCGUUAUAUAUGUGGCAGUAAUAAGAUAUAUUGACGACCUUGGGCGACCUACUAGCCAAUGAGGAAACGCUGCCUAGUCAUAAAAUGAUUAAUAGUAGAAAGUAACGAAAUUACUGCUUUAGUCGUGAUGAUUUAUUAUUUAUUUGGGCACAGGGACAUUUGUACAAGGAAGCACCAAAUAGAUUUGCGACACGUAAAUUAUUCGAUUUGUGUGAGAGCUGAGAUACUAUCCGGGUGCCCAAACUAAAGCAGGUGGUUUUCUUAAUGGGGCACACUCGUAGCCUUCGACCUGAAGGUCUGAUCCACAAGGCAGUGAAGUAACGUCCGGUGAUGCAGUCCCAUGGUAACCGGCAACCAACAAUAAGCUCAUACGCCAUUUGCUCCUUCAUGAUACUGGAGUUCAUGCGCACCAUUGGUUUGGAAUCAGGGUUUUCUAGCUCCUCUAGGUGAACUCUCCGUGUCCACCAACCCGCUUUCCGUCCUCUAAAUUUCGUAAACAACCUCGCCGCGAAAAAGCAGUGAGUAGGACUUCUCUGGCGGUGGUUGUAUGCACGUGGCAAUGUGAGAGCAUUUCGAGAAAGAGAGCGGACUCUCGGCUGUACCAGGGCAUUUAGGGGCCAUUCUUUGCACAGGAUCCGUUUUCCCUCUUUACAAUUUAAAGUCUAGUACAAAGAUCAAUGCCUGAUUACCGAGCUGUAAUAACACAAUCAUCAUCUAUCGUACCAGGGCAUUUGGGGUCAAAUUAUCGCUUUUAGCAAAGAGAAAAAAGGAGUUUACGUAUAUACACACAUACUGAUAGUCAGGCUGGCGUUGCUAGUUAUCACCUCAUAGUUUUCGUCGCUAAUUGACACUUAUAAUCAAAGUGUUUGGGUUGGGUAUUGAGAGGUAAACUGGAGUUUUGAAUUGGAUUUAUAAAUUGGGGUCAGUGUUUUCAACAAGGACUGUUGUCAUCUGUAAUGCAGUACAUUGCCGCCUUUCUGUUUACAAACCUGAAAUACUUAGGGUUAAGAUUUAGUGACAAAUUUAAUUCAUGAAUCUCAUUAUGCACUUCAACACACAGUCUACCUUAGAAGCAGGUGUUUCACGUAAUUUAGCGUAAGCACCAUCUGAAAGCCACUUUAUUGUUAUAUAAUAUAUAUUUUCAGUGAUCCCAAACGUUUUAUGAAUAAAAUAUUGCCGAUUUUUACUUGCCUAGUAAUAACACGCUAACUAUCGCUGCACUUCAAAAAAUAAUUGAGACGUUAACUUAAUCCUAGUGGGUUCAUUCAAAGUCGUUAGUAUACUACACUUUUACCAUAAAUGUUUAAAAAUGUAUCCAUGAAGCUGGUUAGAGUCAUGUGCUAUGAAGCUAAUGUUAGAAUAGAGGUAAACUAUAUCUUAAGAUUAUGAAAACCUUGUCUUUUCUGUAUUCCAGUAUCCUUUGAAUUUUAAUAAUUUGUCUUCAGUAUUAAAGUGCUAAACUGAGUAACCAACAUCCUAUUCAUUUACGUGUUUUAAUCCAAAUUUGCAGAACUAGACUAAACCUAUUUUGUGCAUUGUUCCCUGCCUGUGAUUAGUCGAAUUGUCAAUAUCAAGGUGAAUAUAACCACCAAAGUGGUCUACAUUUGUCUCUUUACCUGUUUCUACUGAUUGAGAUUAGUUGGUUUAAAAUGCCCCCGUCUUUAUUAGCUUUUCAGCAUUCAUUAUGAACAUUGUUUAUUUUAAUGUAGAGGUUGGUUAGGAGCUGGUUGUAGUUCGGUAUCUUAGAGAAGGUUCCAGUUUGCGCAAUGCCAGAAACUGUUGCUGUGAAAAGCUUUAAAGAUGGGCAGCAAGAGGAACAAGAGUUGGCCUCCAAAGCUCUUCGUAUACAAAAUAAACGAUUCUACCUAGAUAUCAAGCAAAAUAAGAGAGGUCGCUUCGUGAAAAUAACUGAAGUUGGCAAUGGAGGACAGAAAUCGCGCAUCUUGAUGUCAAUGCCUGUUGCUCUGGAAAUGAAAGAAAAAAUUAACAAACUUAGUGACACAUAUAGUCAACUUCCAUCUCACAAUCGUGAGUCACUCGCACAAGAUGGGCGCAUUGCGUCUGACAUUAUUGUUCGUGAUAGCAGGCGCUAUUAUCUUGAUCUCAAGGAAAAUGAACGUGGUCGUUUUCUGCGUCUCGCUAUGCUUUCUAUGGGCGUUCGUGUUCAGAUUGCAAUCCCAGCUCAGGGUAUGAUCGAAUUGCGCAAUGCAUUGACUGAUCUUAUACAAGGCUAUUCAGGAGAUAUGGAGAAUGAUAUAUUUUCAGACUUACCUGAAUCUAAAGUACUCUUCGUAGGCAACAAGACAUUUUAUUUCGAUGUUGGUUCUAAUAGAUUUGGUGUAUUUCUGCGUAUAUCCGAAGUUCGUGCUAACAUUCGUUCCUCAGUCACCAUACCUGAACAGCAUUGUACGCGAUUUUGUGAUAUUAUUACUGAGUUGGCAAACAAAAUGUCCAAUCAAAAGCUAACUAACGGAGUGUCUGAGAAUGGAAACAAUUCUGACCAACCAGAAGAAAAAGCUGAAGAUGAUGUAAAAGAAGAUACGAAUGGGGAUUCGCCGGUCGCAUCUUAAUGCGUUUUCUAUGAUCUCAGAAAUGUUGUAUGGCAUUUAUUGUGAUGGGGGCUACUGGUGUUUAUUAUUCGUUUUACUUACAAAUGUCCUAUUUUAUCUCCCUCUUAUGGACAUCCAAUUAGGCUGGACUGUUUUAUGUAAUAAUUGUUUUGUUUUUUAUGUAACUUAGUUUGUUUUUUUAGGUAUACGCACAUUAGUUUGCAUUUCUUUAAUUUGUUUUUAUGCGCAUGUGCUUAAUAGUCAUGUGUAUUAUUAUUUAUAUUUGUGUGACUUGUCCUUCUCCAUAUUAUACAUAAUAUGAAUAUUCAUCCAAUUAGGCUGGACCGUUUUAUAUAAUAAUUGUUUUAUUUUUUAUGUAAAUUAGUUUGCAUUUCUUUAAUUUGUUUUUAUGCGCAUGCGCUUAAUAGUCAUGUGUAUUAUUAUUUAUAUUUGUGUGACUUGUCCUCCAUAUUAUACAUAAUAUGAAUAUUCAUUUUUUCUGCAGCUUUUAUGUGACUUUAAUAUAUAUAAUAUAAUUUAUCGUGUU